AUGGCGUCGACAGCGAAGAAGAUGACGGCAUCGGUGGAGUUGACGCCAACCCAAAUGAUUCUGAUUACGAUGAUGGAAGAAUCGGGAUGUUGGCUUUCUUUCUUUCUUUUUUCUUCAUAUCCUUUAUAUCUUUCGUUGACUUCUUUUUAUUUCGGUUUUUAUAUUUUCUUUCUUUCUUUCUUUCUUUCUUUCUUUCUUUUUUUCUUUCUUUCUUUCUUUCUUUCUUUCUUUCUUAAUGAAUUUUUUCUUUCAUUCUUUCUUUCAUUUUUUUCUUUAAUUCAUUCUUUCUUUCCUUCUUCAUUAAUUCAUUCAUUCUUUCCUUCUUUCUUUCUUUCAUUCAUUCAUUCUUUCUUUCUUUCUUUCUUUCUUUCUUUCUUUAAAUAUGUGACAUUUUCUCUCUCUCUCUCUCUCUCUCUCUCUCUCUCUCUCUCGUUCUUUCUUUUCUCUUUGUCCUUUAAAGCUUCUUUAUCUGUCAGUCCCACUUUUUUACGUUUGUUUUUUUCUUUCUUUUUUUAUUUUUACAUUUCUUUCUUUUUUUCACAUUCUUUAUGCUUCUAUUUUUCUUUUUGUUUCUUAAAUUUCUUUUUACGUCUGAAUUUCAUCGAUUUUUCGGAUUUUCUUUCUUUCUUUCUUUCUUUCUUUCUUUCUUUCUUUGCAAUAUUUUCCGUUAUUUCUUUUCAUUCUUUUCUACAUCUUUUUCUUUCUUUCUUUCUUUCUUUCUUUCUUUCUUUGCAAUAUUUUCCUUUAUUUCUUUUCCAUUCUUUUCUACAUCUUUUUCUUUCUUUCUUUCUUUCUUUCUUUCUUUCUUUCUUUGCAAUAUUUUCCUUUAUUUCUUUUCAUUCUUUUCUACAUCCUUUUCUUUCUUUCUUUCUUUCUUUCUUUCUUUCUUUCUUUCUUUCUUUCUUUCUUUCUUUCUUUCUUUCUUUGCAAUAUUUUCCUUUAUUUCUUUUCCAUUCUUUUCUACAUCCUUUUCUUUCUUUCUUUCUUUCUUUCUUUCUUUCUUUCUUUCUUUCUUUCUUUCUUUCUUUCUUUCUUUUGCCACGACUUCCCUGUUUUAAAGUUCCCUUUAAUCCCGAUGUUUCUUCAGUUCUACAUCUUUUUCUUCCUCUCUUUGUGUUCACAUUUCUUUUUCUUUCUUUCUUUCUUUCUUUCUUUCUUUCUUUCUUUCUUUCUUUCUUUCUUUCUUUUAUCUUUAUCUGUUUCUCUUUCUAUCGAAAGAAAGAAGGCUGUCGCAUUUUCAUUUCUCUUACUUUUUCCAAGCACUUUCUCCCUCUCCCUUAUCAACCACUCCCUAUCCAGUAUUCUGUCUUUUCUUUUCUCCCUCUCUCUUUCUCUCUCUCUCUCUCUCUCUCUCUCUCUCUCUCACUCUCUUUUGCAGCAUCUGCCUUGGCAGUUCCUAUAAUCACCAACACCCCCCGACACUUACACCCAAAGUAUUAA